GAGAAAACAGGAAAAAGAGGAAGUUUGCUAGCUGAAUUAAAAAGCCUGUAUGUUCUUUACAGCCAGACAAUCACGACUUUCCCAUCCUUCACGAGAGGACACCACAGGAAUCUUGUCAUAAUAUGGAUCAAGAGGAUCACAGACAGCUUUCACUGGAUGUUGAAGAAGAAACAUUUUUCAAGACUAAAGCAUGGAUACCAAGCAUGAGAUUUUUCAAGACAGAAUCUAGAAGAGGGAAUAAAGGCCAUUGGCUUUUUAUGGGUUUCUGUGUCCUUUUCACUGGAAUUAUUGCUAUCACUUUGGUGCAUCAUUCCCUGUGGAUGAGCCGUGAACUGAAGACAACCCAAGAGUAUGUCAAGACCCUGAACAUCUCAUUAACCACAAACAUGGCUGCAAACAGAAAUGGAUUACAAGAAAAAGAAGAAUUUGCUAAACUCACAUCCCACCAGCAAGCUUCAAAGGAAAAUGAUUUUGGGCAGAAAUUUGAAGCAUUUGAGCUGCUGGUGAAAAACUCUAGCACUGAAGAGAAAGACCACUACAUGAAACUUCACACUGAAUUGCAAGCCUUGGAAGAAAAGGUAUAUGAACAUUUGAAACAAGUCCGAUCCUCACUGGAUGUCUUGACCACCGAAAUCAAGAUCCUAAGUAGGAAAGAAGGAAGCAAAGAAGGAAGAGCAGAGCCCACUGCUGACUGCCCCCUAAACUGGCAGAAGUUCCAGAAGAGCUGCUAUUAUGUCUCCUUGAUUCAAAAGGGUUGGAAUGAUUCCCGGGCCUUUUGCUUUGAUAUGCAGUCUGACCUUGUAGUGAUAAACAAUAAAAGAGAAAAUGAUUUCAUCAAGCAGAACAACUUAAUGGGUGCCCUCUGGAUGGGCCUAACUGAAAUACACACAGAUAAUUGGGAGUGGGUGGAUGGCACCAACUACGAAUCUAACUUCAAAUUGUGGGCUCAAGGACAACCAGACAACUGGAAAGGACACCGUCUGUUUGGAGGUGAGGACUGUGUGUCACAACUGUGGACUGGAGAAUGGAAUGAUGAUCAUUGCAACAGACUGUACUAUUUCACUUGUGAGAAGGCUGGGAAUUAGUCUCAGUUACAAAAGAAAUGACUCCUGAUUAAAACAAAAAAAUAUAUAUAAAAGGCACUUAAAUUUGGGAAAUACAGUAGACAUAACAAUAUGUUCUCAAUGUAUUAUUCAUUCAGUGUUGAAUCCAUUUAAUCCAAUGCAAACUUUUGAGGCAAAAUGAGGACUAAUGAAGAAACCAAACCUCCAACCAACUUACAUGCUACUUAGAGUCACCAACCUUUGCAAGUAAUUACCAGGAUUCAUCUUGGUUUAAUAAUAACUUUACAGUACUGAGAAUAAAAAUGGUAGGUCUGGGCUUUAGGACUAGAUAUCAAACAAACCUAUGCUCCUGCCACUUACACAUAGGACUGGAGCUCUUUGGAUAUAUUCUGUUAUGUUCCUUUCUUUUUUAUUUCUGGGAAUAUUUUAUGCAUACUAAUCUUUGCAUGACAUGCUCAUCUUUUCUCUGUAGUCUGGUUGAGAAGAUCAUUUUCAAUUUGCAAUAUUUAUCUUUAAAUUUUUUUGUAAUGGAGUCUGGGAGCUGGAUGCUAUUUUAAUCUUGCUCUGUGAAUUACCUCUUUAAUGCUGUUGUUUCAAAAGCUGUUCUUUUCAGUCUUGAAAUAAUUAUACUGAUUUUAACAAAGUAUAAAGAAAAAAAUGACCAGCAACCAGUAAUAUUUUUGACAUAAAAUGGUGGUGGCCUCAUGGACCUGGCAAAGAGACAAUGUCAGAAAGAAUGGGGUCAUCCUGAGAAAAUACCUAUUAAAUGGUCCCAUGCAGAAGGGUUGUAUGCAUGUUUCACAGAUAGUUGAGAGAGAGAUGAUUAAGCACUUACACAGCAACAAUUAUGAGUCGUUCUCCUCUGCUUAAAUCCUUUGGCAUGGGUACUUGGUCACCUGCAAUCUUUGAAGGUUUCUGGCUUUGAUCGACUCAAGGAGUUAAAGUGAGCUCAGAUGGUGUUCCAUCUGACCACAGGUGAGAGGAAGUCAGCAUCAUGAAUGUGCAGGCAGUGAAUGUGGCAGAGAAAAGAUCAUUGGAGCCUCUUGGAAAGAGACAUGGAAGACUGGAGUGGCUUUUGAGGGCAGCCAAGAAAGGAGAUGACCUCUAGUAAACCUCACAUGAAGGAGCAAGGGAGUGUUGCUACAUUUCAUAAUGUGUUGGGCUACCAGCAUCAGUGAUAAUAACGUCAGCAGAAUAAUACAAUAAAGAAUAUCUCACAAAAUGAAGAUCUAGCAACAUAUUGUCAUGUGGUACAGUAAAAAUAUCAGAGGACAGUACAGUAUUAAUGGUAUAUGUCCUCAUCCUGCUAGAUUUCUCCUCUGCCUUUGACAUGGUCAGCCACCAAAUCCUCCUCCCAACACUUACUGGCCUUGGCAUCAAUGGGACUGUCUUCAGGUGGUUUGAGUCAUAUAUCUUUGACUGAUCCUACCAUAUGUCCUGUCUUGGAAAGAUUUGAAAGAUUCAGCAGGCAAGCACAGGGGUUCCCCAAUGAUCAUGAGAAAUUUGAGAAAUGGGAGGAGACUAUUCAGAUCAUCAAGCUUGCUGGUUUAGCUAAUAGCUAAGCUAAGUUGUAGCUGAGAUUCUUCUUAAAGGUUGUCAAGGUUUCUCCUCCAACUACACAACUUGAUAGUUUAUUCCAGUGUCCCACAACUCUUUGCGUAAGGAAGUGUUUCUUGGAUUCAAUCUUAAAUGCAUUUCCCAUUAAUUUCCACUGAUAUCCUCAAAUAUGUGAUUCACCCUUAAGCUGAAAGAAUAAUGUUGUAUCCACUUUAUCAGUGCCUUUGAGGAUUUUAAAUGUCAUGAUUAGGUCCCCACGCAGUCUCCUCUGCUCUAGACUAAUCAGGUUUAACCAUUCCUUGUAUGCAUCUGUUUGUUCUCCUCUGCACAACUUCCAGUGCUGUUAUGUCUUUCUUGUGCUGUGGUGACCAGACCUGCACACAGUACUCUAGAUGCAGUCUUACUAGUGCAUGAUAUAGUUUGAGCAUAAUAUCCCUUGACUUAAAUUCAACAGUUCUUAUGAUAUAACCUAAUAUUUUAUUUGCCUUUUUAAUCACUUCUGUACAUAGCUUAGUCAAUGAAAAAGUUGUGUCAACAUAAACCCCUAAAUCUUAUUCAUAUGUUGCUUCAUGCAGACAGUAUAAUUGAUGUUCCUUUUGCCUACAUGUAGCACAUUUCUACAUUAAACUGCACUUUCCAGGUGUUCA